CGUUCCCAUAGUAACAAGCCUUCAGUAGAGCUAGCGGCUCAGCUAUAGUACGCCAGCAGUGUCCUCUGUGGCCUCUUUUCAUCGACUUGUGCUGCUUUCUGUAGGAAGGAAAGGCCACGAAGACGUCAACGCGCAGUUAUAUUGGAACGUGUGGCUUUUAAAAACGUGGGAGAAGCCUCGCAGAUGCCCGUCGUAAAGCCGAGAGACGUUUAGGGUCCGGAAGUUUUGAGGGAGAAAAGGAGGAAAGGCAUGAAAAAGAAGAGAGCUGGAAGAAACUCCUGGCCAUUUUUCUCCGAGCCCAUUGAAACACCGGGUUCUCUGGUGAAUCUUACCGACGGUACGGUUAACGAGUCAACUUAAGUUAACUUAAGUGAUCGACUAAUUCAUUUGUCGAUGGGUCUGCCGACGCUGGAGUUCAGCGACUCCUUCCUGGACAGCCCGGAGUUCAGAGACCGACUGCAGUGCCAUGAGAUCGAACUGGAGCGCACCAACAGGUUUAUCAAAGACCUCAUCAAAGAUGGGAACAUGCUCGUGUCUGCCCUGAGAAGUCUUUCUCUUGCUGUUCAACGGUUCUCUCAGUCUCUGCAGGAGUUUCAGUUUGAAUGUAUUGGAGAUGCGGAGACUGAUGAUGAAAUCAGUAUAGCUCAGUCCUUAAAGGAGUUCUCUCAGCUCUUGAGCACCAUGGAAGAGGAGAGAAAACGACUGAUCCAGAAUGCCGAUGACGUGUUGAUCUCACCGCUCGAGAGAUUUCGUAAGGAGCAGAUUGGAGCUGUUAAGGAGGGAAAGAAGCAGUUUGACAAGGAGACCGAAAGGUACUACUCUGUUCUCGAGAAACACCUCAGCUUGUCCUCCAAAAAGAAGGAAUCACAGCUGCACGAGGCUGAUUCACAAAUGAGUAAGGACAGGCAGGUUUUUUAUGAUGCAUCGCUGCAGUAUGUCUUCAAGAUCCAAGAAGUGCAGGAGAGAAAGAAGUUUGAAUUUGUGGAGCCGUUACUAGCCUUCCUGCAGGGUUUGUUUACGUUCUACCAUGAGGGUUACGAGCUGGCUAGUGAGUUUGAACCCUACAAGCAGCAGCUUCAGUUCAACCUGCAGAAUGCUCGCAAAAACUUUGAAAGUACGCGUGCCGAGGUUGAGAGGCUGAUGAAAAGAAUCCGGUCUGCAGAAGAAGACUUCAAAGCUCCCAGUUGCUUUACCAUGGAGGGAUAUCUGUACAUACAGGAGAAACGUCCAUUGGGCAGUGUGUGGACCAGAUACUACUGUACUUAUGAAAAAAGCUCCAAGGUGUUCACCAUGAGCAACACAGAGGCCAGACCAGCCAGCAGACAGAACGGCCUGGUGAAUGGUACACCUGAGAUGUUCAAGCUGCGCUCUUGUGUCAGAAGGAAGACAGAAUCAAUUGACAAACGCUUCUGCUUUGACAUCGAGGUGGUUGAGAGACAUGGGGUCAUCACCCUGCAAGCACUCUGUGAGGCAAACAGGCGGCUGUGGAUGGAGGCAAUGGAUGGAAAGGAACCUAUUUACACUCUGCCAUCUUUACUCAGUAAAAAGGAGGAGACAUUUCUCAACAAGGCAGGCUUCAACUUUGUUAAGAAGUGUAUUGAACUGGUUGAAACCAGAGGCAUUACCACCCUGGGACUGUACAGGAUUGGAGGAGUUAACUCCAAAGUGCAGCGGUUGAUGACGAGUGUGUUUGCAUCCACAGCUCCCACUGACAUGCAGUUGGAUGCAGAUGCCUGGGACAACAAGACCAUCACCAGCGGUCUAAAGAAUUAUUUCAGGUGUCUGGCAGAACCAGUACUGACCUACAGACUGCAUAAAGAAUUCAUUAAGGCCGCAAAGUAUGACAACCAGAAGUAUCGAGUGAGAGCGAUUCAUGCUCUUGUACACAAACUACCAGAAAAAAACCGAGCUAUGUUGGACAUCCUAACCAACCACCUUCUCAUGGUGUCCUCUCACAGUGACCAGAACCUGAUGACUGUGUCCAACCUGGGGAUGAUCUUUGGCCCCACAUUGAUGAGGUCGCAGGAGGAGACGGUGGCCGCCAUGAUGAACAUCAAGUUUCAAAAUAUUGUGGUGGAGAUUAUCAUUGAAAACCACCACAAGAUAUUUGGUGAGGCCCCAGACCUGUCGGUGCCGUUACCUCAGCCUCCAUCCUCUAGGUCGACUCCUCGGAGGAACAAGGCCAUCUGUCUGUCGUCUGGAAAGAGGAAGGCCCGUCUCUACCCUCCGGCUCUCUGCCUGGCAGACAACGACAGUGACACCUUCAGUAGCAGCCCCAGCACGACUCCGAUGGGCAGCCAAGAGUCUCUGUCAUCACACUCCUCUGAAAAGAACGGAUUGUCUCAGACCUCUCCUCCGUCCUCUCCUGCUGCCGAACCCGACCUGCCGUCCACAGCACCGGUGUCUCCUCAUGCGGCUUCCUCCUGCUCGCCGUCCCACAACUCCUCAAACGGGAAGGAUGAGAAACACCCGACAGACAACACAGCCUCCCCUCACCUUACGCCUUCCUCGUCCUGGACUUCCUCCCAACCCACUCCGGCCCAGGAGACUUCCUCCGUGUCCUCUUUACUUUCCACAGAGAGGAGUCUGUCUGUCAAAGGAAACUCAACUGCCUCCUUGUCGUCUGUAAAAGAAUCAAGAUGUCCUUCCGUAGCCUCCUUGUCCACUAUCUCCAUCCAGCACUCUUCAGUGGAGCGCGCUUCCUCUCUCAAGGAGGGUCGACCUCUUCAGAGAGCGUCGUCUGUCUCCUCUCUGAAGAGCUCUCAUUCAGUCGAUCAAAGAAAUGCAUCCAGCGCCUCCUCUACUGUCACGGAAACCAAAGUGGCUACCUCUCCUUCUCGGCCGCACAGAAAAACUUACAUGACUGCCUCCUCCUCCUCUUCCUCCUCCUCUUCAUUAUUCCCCUACCAGCUUUCCACAUCUUCCUCUCUGACCUCCCUGCACAUUUCUGAGGAUUACAAAAGCUGUCACGGAUCGGUACGCAGUCUCAUGUCUCUGGACCCACAAGAUGCAUUGCACAAACGUAAACCUUCACACAUCCGCUGUGGCUCUGAUCUGACGACGAAACACUCUGCAGCCGCUACAUCCAGCAACGGUUACCAGAGACCUGGAUCAGUAUUAUCAGUCCGACUACCGCAGCGUGAGAGUUCAGUAUUCUCCUCAGCAUUAGACGUAUGUUAUCCAGGAAGGGAUGCAAAAGCUCUUUACUCCUGUGAGGCAGAGCACAGCCAUGAGCUCAGUUUUCCACAGGGGGCGCUGUUCUCAAAUGUGUACCCGUCUGUGGAACCAGGUUGGUUUCAGGCGACGUACAACGGAAGAACAGGCCUCAUACCUGAAAACUACAUCACGUACAAGUGACAGACCUGAUGAUGUCAUCACCACUGCCCUGAAUAACACAAAGAUCUAACCUUUGACUUUAGGGAUCUACAGUGCAUCCAGCAAAACUCUGUGCUGCUAGUCAGAGAUAUAAUAUAUGCAUCAUGUAACUGUGACUGUUAUCACUGAACUACUGGGGCUAGAUAUGAAUGAUGCCUAUACUGUAUGUAUAUCUGACUACUAUGUGAACCAUUUUAGGGUUUUUUUAACCAGUUUAUAAUACAGUAGAUGGUGAUAUCUUGUUGUCUGACUUUUCCUUCAUUUAUACACUUAAUUAACGUUAUUAUCUCCUCUUUUAUGUUUGUGUUCAAUGCUUUACAUACAUGAAAUGUGUCUGUAAGGUACACAGAGACAGUAUUUUUCCUAUCAAUCCUGAUAAUGCAUGUGUCAUGUAUCGUAUUAAUGUUAUAGGCUCUUCAAACCUGUGUGCCUUAAACAGUAUGAAAUGAUGGUCUAAGACUGAAUCCUGCCUUAACACCUUGCCUGUACUGUCUGUCCGUUGUUAUGCUUUCUAAAUAAAAGACAAAUGCUUUACU